AUGAAGCUACAAGAAUUUCCCAAAGAGAUUCAAUCAUUGAUAUUUAAACAUUUAUACCCAACUGAUCUUGUGAAGAUAUGGCAUGAGAUCCCUGAGCUUAGAUAUCUUAUCACACCUGAUACACUCAAAAUUGUCACAGACUCCAAAUAUGAAAUAAGUAACUUAAAGUAUUCUUUUCCAGAUGACUUUUAUGCUAUAGAGCCUAUUAAUCCAAAAUAUAUUGGUCGCAGUUUCAGAAUAUGGAAGGGGCUAGAAGUUGGUGAAGAGGAAGAACUUGAAAGAGAUCCAACUGAUUAUGAAUUAUUUGACAUUAGUAAAUUUGAAAAUUUUAAAGGGGCAAUCUUAUUGGAACAUUUCUAUGGUGGGUCAGAAUAUCAUUAUAGAUAUUUUGGUUUAUACUAUAUGUUGAAGAAUAAUCCACUUGAAGUGAUUUACCAUUGUGAUGCACUGAGUGAGGAUUUGAUUGAAUCUUUAGAAUUUUCUGGUAAAAAAGCUGGUCCUAAUUUAAAAUCAAUAUCUUGGAUUGAUCCUUAUAAUAUAAAAGGCUCCUCGUUCAUUCCUUCUAUAAAGUUACCACCAGGAUUAUUUCAAGUUCCCGGUGUUAAAGAGACUACUGUAUAUUAUGAUAAAUCUUCUGAUGAUCACUAUUUCGCAAAAUUACUUGAUACUGCUCCAGAAUUGGAGAAAAUUACGGUUAAAUGUGAAAAGGACUUAUAUGAAGAAAGAUUUAUUUAUCCUAGUAAUUAUAAUCCCUUUAAGCAUACUGGUGGCUAUAAUUAUAACCCAUGGUGGUCAAGUGAUAGUGAAGAUGAUGACGGAGUUGUUACAGUAGAAGAAUCAACCAAAUAUUUCUUCACUCAAUUUUUGGAUACAAAAUUAGCUCCUUUAGGCUCAUUAGAUUUUUUGAAACAUUUGAAGAUUACAAGUUUUAAAAAUGAGAAAGUUAACUUUGAAAAAUGGACAAAUUUACCAAACCUUGAAACAUUAGAAAUAUUUAAUUGUACAAUUCAUUCAAUAAGUCACUUGGAUUUACCAAAUUUAAAAACUUUAGAAAUCGUUGAAACUGCCUUACUUGAACUUUCAAAUCUUAAACUAGAUUCUUUAGAAACAUUUAUCACUCAUUUGGUACCAUGUCCACAUAUUGAAGUUGAUAUGGAGGGUGGUGAAUAUCAAGAUGAAGAAGAUGAAUUUCCCUUCACUAUGAAAAAUAUCGAAUUCAAUAGAUUAGAGAAGUUGGACUUCGAUUGUGAGUUGAAAGUUGAGGAGUUAUCAAACUUAUCAUUCCCAAUGGCAAAAUCUAUUAGAUUGAAUUGUUAUCCAUUCUACCAACCAUUCACAUAUUCACAUCCUGAGGAUGCUGGUGAAGUGCUUAAGUUUUCUGAUAAUGUUGAAAGUCUGGAACUUAUAAAUUGUUCAGAAGUUUUGACUAAUACUGGCUCUUUCUCAAAUGUUACAAAUCUGAAGAUUACAAACAUUACAAAACCUGAUGACUACUUUGAACCUACAAUUGAUACUUCAUUUCCGAAGUUAAAUACAUUAUUUGUGAAAAACAUAUCAUUUGGUAAUUUAAAUUUGUUGCUGAAUAAGACUUCAGAAUUUCAAGAUAUUCAAAUCAUUGAUACUCCAGGCUUUAAGGCUGAACAAAUAUCAUUACAAAAGCAAUUGAAGUCGCUAUUUGUUCAAUCACGGAGUUUGGGUUCAUUUGAUGAGUUAGAAUUACCAUCUUUAGAGAGUUUAAAACUAAUUUACGAUGGUGAUAAAGAAAUUGUGGUGCAAGAAUGUUCAUUCGACAAUCUUAAAUCUUUAACUAUUAAAAAUGGUGAAUAUAGAUCAUAUACAGGACAAUUAGUUUUCCGUGGAAAUGAUGCACCAAAACUUGAAACUUUGAAAUUAUCAGGCUUAAGAAUUAUGAAUUCUAUCUCUACAGAUGAAUUUCCUUUACUUAAAAGUGUUGUUAUUGAUAGAAUUGAAUCUUUGGAAAUCUCAUCAAGUGAAAUAUUAGAGAUGAUUGAUCUUUCCAAGAAUUUUAAUGAUAUGAAAUUAGAAAUGAAUGGAAGUUUCCCCAAUUUAAAAGAGUAUAAGGAAGCUAAAAAGCAUAAACAAUUAGAAAGUCCAAAAAAGAAAAUAAGACAAGGUCGUUGGAAUCAAUGGGUUCGUGAACAAUAA